AUGUUUAAUCUCGUCUCGCUCGCUUUCGCCUUCACUGUCCUUCCAGGUAUUCACGCAGCAAACGUCCUCAAAUCAUCUUUCACCUCUUCGCUAGUCGCCAAAAUCUCUGACUCUCUCAGUUCCACCGAUGAUAGUAAUCCCGAUGUCUCUGCGAGCAACGCUGCUCUCAAAGUUGUAGUUCCUGUUCAAGCAGGGAACGGGCAGACAUUCAACGAUGUUCUCGUCGACACCGGAAGUUCCGUUCUCUGGGUUGGAGCCCAAACACGCUAUGAGCCGGGUUCAAACUCUCAGCAAGGCAACCUGACUGGUUUUAGCAUAGGAUAUGGUGCCGGUGGCGCUAGUGGACUGGCCUAUUACGACAAAGUAACCAUUGGCAGCGCCACCGUCAACUCGCAGAUCAUCGGCGCAUCGAAUUCAACCUCGGGCUUCACCCUCGUCAGUCCCAUUGACGGCAUCCUCGGUCUAGGUCCUUCAGGAUCAAAUGGAGGGGAAAUCACAGGUUUCAAUGCCACACCCACCUUUGUCGAAAGUCUCGUCUCCGAGGGUUCAAUUGAUGAACCCGUCUUCGGUAUCUACGUGAACGGCUUGGACUCUACCAGUGGAUCGCAGAUCGGUGAGGGUGAAAUCACUUUCGGUGGUGUUGAUGACAGCAAGAUAGAUGGUGAACUCACCUGGGUACCUCAGAACACCCCUUACAACGUGCAUUGGGAAUUUAACGUGACCAGCAUGAAGUGGGGCACACAGAACCUGGUCAACGAGUCAACUCCCGCUCGGACUGACACUGGGGUCCUUGAAAUCGGUCUCCCCUCUGACGCCUACUUUGACAUUCUCCAGUCUUUCCCUGGCGCCACCCUCGUCACCAAUGGCACCUUCCUCGGCUACAUGGCAUUUCCUUCCAACGCCACCGUCUCUGCUCUUCCCUCUCUCACCUGGACCAUCGGAAGUCAAGACUUCGAAAUUACGCCUGACAAAUACCUCAUCCCCCAGGGACUUUAUUCGAGCCUCAAUUUGACAAAAGGGGGCGUACAGUACUCGUGGAUUAUCUCGGCAGGUUUUGGAUCCUACAUGUUUGGCCAAAAGUGGUUGGAAAGCUUCUACACGGCGUAUGAUAUGCAGAACCAUCAGGUCGGAGUCGCUCGUUUGGCAUAA